AUGCCAAGGGAAUUCCUGAAAGGAAGCAGCCGUGAAGCGGCCGGUCAAGGCAACAGUCUGGUGAAGAAGACUCAGCUGCUGGACCGUGGCAAGUGGGCAAACAAGUUGGAGUUUCUGCUGGCUGUGGCAGGAACCCUUGUGGGCUUAGGAAAUCUCUGGAGGUUUCCCUAUUUGUGCUACAAAAAUGGGGGAGGCGCAUUUUUGGUCCCAUAUGUUCUGUUUCUUCUGGCCUGUGGGAUCCCAAUGUUCUUACUGGAGACAGCCAUGGGCCAGUAUACAUCCCAGGGAUGCAUUACAUGCUGGAGACACUUCUGCCCUUUGUUUGAAGGGAUUGGUUAUGCAACCCAGGUAGUGAUUGCCUAUGCUGCCGUGUCAUACAUCGUCAUCCAGGCCUGGGCUUUCUUCUAUCUCUUUUCUUCCUUCAAUGCUGAGGUUCCAUGGGCCAGCUGCAGGAACUUCUGGAACACAGAAAACUGUGUUGAAUUCGACAAAAAAAAUAUGUCAUCCAAUUGGACAGCAGAUGUAAAUGCGACAACCCCUGCGACGGAAUUCUGGGAGAGACGAGUUCUGGGUAUCUCCACGGGAAUAGAAGACAUUGGAAGCCUGAGGUGGGAGCUGGCCUUGUGUCUCUUGUUGGCUUGGAUUUUGUGCUACUUCUGUGUUUGGAAAGGAGUGAGAUCCACUGGAAAGGUAGUUUACUUUACAGCCACUUUCCCUUAUGUCAUGUUGGUUGUUCUGUUGGCUCGUGGACUCACUUUACCCGGUGCCAUGGACGGCAUCAUUUUCUACCUCUAUCCUGACCCGACAAGGUUGGUGGACCCUCAAGUUUGGAUGGAUGCAGGUGCACAAGUUCUGUUCUCUUUUGGGAUUUGUCAAGGAAGUUUGACAGCUCUUGGCAGUUACAACGAGUUUAAUAAUAACUGCUACAAGGACACAUUUGUUCUGUGCUUGGUGAAUGGUGGCUCAAGCUUUGUGGCUGGCUUUGCCAUCUUUUCGGUUUUGGGAUUCAUGUCCUACGAACAAGGAUUGCCGAUAUCUGAAGUGGCAGCUUCAGGACCUGGUUUGGCUUUUAUAGCAUAUCCACGGGCUGUAGCAAUGAUGCCUUUGCCUCAGUUGUGGGCCAUAUGCUUCUUUAUCAUGGUCAUCCUGCUGGGUGCUGACACACAGUUUGUAAGCUUGGAGUGCCUGAUGACCUCCGUAACAGAUAUGUUCCCGACUGUUUUCCGGAGGGCUUAUCGGCGAGAACUGCUGCUGCUUUGUCUCUGCACCGUUUGCUUCUUACUCGGUCUUCUACUUGUCACUGAGGGGGGCUUGUAUUUCCUUCAGCUUUUUGACCACUACGUCUGUAGCGGCAACAACCUUCUCCUUCUUUCAGUGUGUCAGUCCAUAGCAAUUGGAUGGAUAUAUGGUGCAGAUCGUCUCUAUGACAACAUUGAAGAAAUGAUAGGCUAUCGUCCAUGGCCACUUAUGAAGAUUUGCUGGCUUUACAUUACCCCCGCUGUUUGUAUGGGUACCUUUGUCUUCUCCUUGGUGAGAUACAAGCCUCUCAAAUUCAACAAAACCUACGUCUACCCAACCUGGGCCUACGCUUUGGGCUGGUGCCUUGGACUGUUCUGUGUUCUGCUGGUGCCUCUGUGGAUCCUCUUUAAAGUUACUCAGAUGAAAGGCACAGUGUGGCAGAAUCUCAAACAGCUUUGUCGUCCAGAAAACAAGUCCCUCGACUCUGCAAAGCAACCUGAGCAAUGCCCACUGAACCCCAACAAAGCUCUCGCUCCUGCUGCCAAUGAGUGCAAGGGAAGCGGUGGAGUUGAAAUGGAGGCGCAAGUAUGA